GUGGCUUUAAAACAUAGGCAGCUUUAAAACUUACUAUUAUACAUCUUGUAUGAUUAUUCAGACUUUUGUGUUGUAUGUUUCAAUGUCAAACGAUUACUAGCAAAGAUAUGAAUAAAACCUGUUGAACAUGUUGAACACGCCAGAAAUAUGUCAGGGAAAAACUGUUAGUUUCUAAUCAAUUGUUUUUCCGGCAAAUAGAUAACCGUAUAUCGUUGCGUUAAAAAAAAACUGUCUGCCGUCUGAAAUUCCGGAGUAUCAAAAGUGUCUCGUUGUUUCCCAGUUUUUGAAAAACCGCUCGCUGCACUUUGUACGAAAUAUCUCGUACGUCAAGCACUCUGCUCGUCGUUGAGAAAUUUAGGAGAAUUUCAGUAUGAAAUAAAGCAGAUUCAGACCUCAAUACGAAAUAUUUACUCCCAUCGAUAAAUAUUUCCAAAUAUUUGAGUAAGAAGAGUACGCGUACUUAUAAUAUUCUCGGAAAAUACUAUCGGUGUUUGAAGUAUUCGACGAUAAUAUCGAUCCCUUAUUGAGACACUACUGACACUAAUUCAUAUCGUAUCGCUUCCUUGUUUGUUCACGUUAGUAAAUACAUUCACUUUAGAAUAUCAUGUUAUCAUUACGCGAACAACAUUUAUAGUUUUUAGAACCCUUCGUGCUAAAUAAGUACGCAUAAAAAUCUGACCGUACAGGAAUUAAUGCAGGCUAUUUUAAGCAUUUACGACUUAAUGUUCACGAAAUCAUGUAAUUAAUGGGAGAGAGAUAGAAUGGCAAAAAAGAAAAGGGAGAUCUCUUUUAAAAUUCACUGUAUCCCGUUUUCAAUGCAAUCACGCAAGGACAAACUCUCGAUCGUCGUCUUCUACGCAAUAUGACUUCGCGUCGGCAACUCGGGAACAUCUGCUCUCUUAAUAGACGAUUUACGCACUCCGAUGUCAACAAUGAUGAUAUCAUGAAAUUGAUUUCAAUGGUAUUUGUUUUACCACUAUCUUGUCACAAACGCAGCAAGAAUAACAUAGUUAAAGCGAUAGCCGGGAGGGGUGAUCAAAGAGGAAAUGGGCAAAAACAAAUGUAUACGCCAAUGACUUACUUUACGUCAUUGCGAAUGUUAAUGCCAAUCUGCGUAUCGGCGGAGAUCGAUUACGUAGAUUAACAUAGGCCAAAAGGUAAAAAGAUAGACGAAGUGGGGACUGCUACGUACUAUUCCUGUUGACGAGUCCGGUAUGACGCAAAAUAUCAUAUUUCCGCAGCUGCAUCGACACAGCGAAAUGUUUCCACCGAAUUGCAUAAUGCCGCAAAACAUUGUUUCUACGCAGAAUCUUCUUUCAAGCGAUCGUCGUAGCAAGCAUCUAACACGGAGGAGGAGCAUGUGCGAAUAAAACGCAGAUUAGAUUUAAAAUAACUAAUUACUCGCGUCUGAUUGCCAAUUUUAUGAUUUUUUCACGAGAUCUCGGCGAGUUCUUUUAAGCGCGACUGUUGCGGCGACGAUCGCUCACAGCCAUCUGAAUGUUUUCCCCUUCUCUCUUCCUAUUUUUAUUUCUAUACUUUUAUUUCUAUAUUUUUACUGCGAACGGGAAUUUAUACGCAUAAUCGCAUAAAUUUCCCGUACAAGUAUAUCACGUCUCACUUUAUAUAUUGAAAAAAGGAUUUGAUAAUAAAUACUAAAAUUUAUAUGUCAUAAGUCAUCGUUUAGUUGCUGGAUAUCAUUUGUGCUAACGUGUAUUCGAGUAUUCGAAUAGUAGUAUUAGCAUUCCCCUGCGAGAGGUGACUCAUCGAAUCGAGGUCGAUUCGAUGUCGUUUCGAUUAUUCCGACGUCGAUUCGAUGCACAUUUCUCGCUUGAUCGAAGUAGUGUAAAAAUUACACUGUUACUGAUAACAUCAUAUCGUGAAAUGUAUUAUAUAAAACAAACAGAUAUAGCAGGAUAUUUGGAUAUUGUGAGAUUUCAAUAGGAUAUCGUGAAAUAUUGAAAUAUCUCGGACACUAAGACCCUAGGAUAUCUGUAUAUUUCUCGUUCAGCAUCUAGCUGGAAAUAAACGCGAAUCGAAUAGACGUUUAAUCGAUAUCAAAUCGACUCCAAUUCAAUAUAAUUUCGAUGGUUUAUUUUUCGUUGGACAAUAUAGCUGUUAUACACAACAUAUGUUAUAUAACACUUAGGCCGUUGAGUGAAAAUAUUUUGAAAUUUAUUUGCGCUAUUCCGACUUUAUAUGGACGUAAGCGGUUCAUGAAAAAAAGAAAGGACCCCUCCAUUACUUACUUCCGCAUGAAUGAAACAUUGUUUCGGAAUAAUGCAUUUAAACGAAUUGCGAUUAACAUAUUAUAUUUCGACUGACGCAGAGGUCGGUGCAGAAAAGGAACGAAAAGGUGUGAAGGAGAAAGAGAAAAGAGGGAAAACGGAAAAUUGCAUGAACUUCAUCGGUGAACGCCGGGGUAAAAUAUUAAUAAGGUAGCUGAUAGUUCUUCGUCAUAUCCGUAACCAUAUUAAUAUCCGUUAUCAUAAUUUCGAGUAUGAAUACAAAAAUUUAGAAUAAAUCAGAUAAGCCGCGAAAAACAGGGAAAAACGAACAUAAGAUUCGUUUGUCACGAUUCCUAAGUAGCACACGUUAAUUUCAUUGUUUCGGAAUAAUGCAUUUAAUUUCAUGUACGUUCUUUAAACAUAUAUAACGUAUUAUAAUCAUAUUUUGUAGCACAUUUUAUCCGAAAGACGUUCUACAUCACAUCUUGAGAUAUCGCCGUAGGAUACCCUAAAAUGAUGGUCUCAAAUAUAUCCACUGGAUAUCCAGCAGAUGCACGAGUCUCCACCUACGUGAUAUCCUCGGGAUAUCUUAAGCGACGUUCAUAGGACAUCCGGGGAAGCUCAAGAUAUAUCUUACUUAGAUACAUUAUUACGUAUCCGGGUAGCAAGCGUGCGUCAUAUCGGUCAUUUUGUCAUUACUGUACGUAUCAAUUGUACCAACGUGUCAAUAGCAAGUCUCUUCGUAUAUUCGAAAUCACGGAUAACGGAUGAUGCGUCGAAAUUCGUCCGACGAUCGUCCGUUAAUCGGAGGAUCAAUAUUUGACGAGCGCGCGAGACGCUCGAGAGGCAGCCCGCGCGUAUUCAAAUUCUCGAACGCUCGGCGAGGUCGCGCGAGCGAUCGAUUCCGGUCGAGAGAAACGUUCGAAACUCAUAGGGAUCAGAUGGCGCGCAUUGACGCGUCGUCGCACAAUUGGCAGCACUGAUAACGUCGCCCGCCGGCGUGUAAUCGGGCGUGAGACUCGACGGGAUGGUCGUUGCCGUCGAUGGAGCGACUGACGUAUUCGGGAUGAACGUCGCGUUUUGACCCGCGUUGUGUGUCCGGCUGUUGUGUUCUUCCUUACAUUCUCCUUCCCCUUCCUUCUCUUCUCCUCCGGUUGAUUCCCCGAAGAAGCGAACGGCGGGGCUGACGACGCGAGGGAAGUAACGUGAGAGCUCGCUCCAAGAUGAGCCUCAGCCUAACCAAGUUCUUCUCCAAGAAGCGGAGCGGGCCGACCGACACCGUGGCGGAGAUCGGCCUGCCCACCAACGUCUCGCACCAGUUCCACGUGAGCAAGAACGCGGUGACCGGACAGCUGGAGGGCCUGCCGGACCCAUGGAUACGUUUGCUGAACGCCCAGCUCUCCAAGUCCGAGCAGGACGAGCAUCCGGCCGCGGCGUUGCAGGCCAUCAAGUUCUACAACUACUCCAUGAAGCGUAAGCCGCAGGAGGAGGUGUUCAAGCCCUUCGUCACGCAGGACCUGAUCGAGGAGGAGUCGCAGGAGAUCGACAACAUCCUGACGAAGAAGUUUCGGUCCGACGACUCAGGCGCGGGCUGUCCGAUAACAGUGACGAAGAAGACGACGACGCCCGAGAAGCGCGCGACGAAGAGGCUGCCCGAACUGCCGCCUAAGGUGAACAAGCCGCCGAACAAGCCGCCGAAGCCGGCGCCGCGCAAAUGCAACGACCGGGCGGAGAAGAGCCUCACCGAGAUACUGGAGGACCUGAACACGUACAUGAUAGACGACGAUUCGGCCGACGAGGAAGGGGCAAAUGAGAACGAGGAGGAGCAGCAGCGGCACACGGGAGAGGAGAGCGACACGCCGCGUUGCACGGUGGAGGAGAGUCCGAUCCUGCGGAGGAAGACCGACGAGUUCGCCGACGGGAGGCUGAACGAUGAACAAGUGUACGAGGAGCUCAGGGCCAUCUGCCACCACGGCGACCCCAACCUGCGCUUCGAGAGGAUCAAGGAGGUAGGAGCCGGCGCCUCCGGCACCGUCUUUAUAGCUACCGACCUUCAGUAUGGCCAGAAAGUAGCCAUAAAGGACAUAGAUCUGUCGAAGCAGCCCAAGAAGGAGCUGAUACUAACCGAGAUCAAGGUGCUCAAGGAGUUCCACCAUCCCAACCUGGUGAACUUUCUGGACGCCUAUCUGGUGGACGAGCACCUCUGGGUUGUUAUGGAGCUCCUGGAGGGCGGGCCGCUCACAGAUGUAGCCACCGAGACUGUGAUGAAGGAGGCGCAGAUCGCAGCUGUCUGCCGGGAGGUCCUCAAAGCGAUAAGCUUCCUGCACACCAGAGGUAUCAUUCACAGGGACAUCAAGUCGGACAACGUGCUCCUGGGGAAGAACGGCGCGGUGAAGGUCACCGAUUUUGGCUUCUGCGCCAACAUCAAGGACGACGAGAAGCGGCAGACCAUGGUCGGCACGCCGUACUGGAUGGCGCCUGAAGUGGUCACCAGGAAGCAGUACGGCAAGAAGGUGGACAUCUGGUCGUUGGGCAUCAUGGCCAUCGAGAUGAUAGAGGGGGAGCCGCCUUACAUGAAGGAGACGCCGUUGAGAGCGCUAUAUUUAAUCGCUGCCAUGGGUAAGCCGGCCGUUCCUAGGUGGAACAGCCUCAGCUCGACGUUCCAGAAUUUCUUGGAGAGGUGCUUGACCGUCGAGGUGGACGAAAGGGCGACCGCCGACGAGCUGCUCUCCCAUCCGUUCCUGGAGAACUGCGCGGAACUGGCCACGCUGACGCCGCUGAUCCGCGCGGCGCAGAGAAUCCUCCAGAAGGUGUACGACUGAGCGCUACCCCGAAGAAUUCCGUAUAUCGUCGCAUUUCUUUCUUUUGCCGGUGUGGCCUCUCGGUGUGUAUAUGUCCCACGCACACACACGACGUCGCUCCGAAGGAGCUAUUCUGUACUAAGUGCGCACACGAGGACGAAAUUUCGCGCGUCGCGUUUGAUUUUUCAACGUUUUCAGCUCACCCGACUGCCCAUCGAUCCCUCCGGUUCAACAUUGUUCAGGAAAGCAAAACAUAGUGCGCACUUUGCACGGUGUAGGCGUACGUGUGUUUGUGUUGUAUAGUCAUCUUAAGAUUACUUUAUAUGAGAUACAUUUCGUCCCCGAGAGGGAGAGAGAGAGAGUUUAUAAGUAGUUGAGUCUCUGAGUCGUGCUACUUAAUUAUAUCGUGAUGCGGUAAAAAAAAUUGCAAACUGAUGCCACGUGUUGGAUAUAUGUAUUCAAACCGGUCUCGACGAUCAGAGACGAAUCAUUUAUUUUACGUUACGUGUAAUACGAUUUACCGUAGCUGAGGGCUUCACUAUAGCCGGGCAUCUCUGCUCAAUAAUAUCACAAUAAAUGCGUGCGAUCCGCCAUGCGAGUUACAUGUUUUGUCGAGGGCAGGCGUAGAAUGUUUUAGCUGUACAUAGGAUGCAUUUUUCACGUCUCUUUUGGAAGAAAAUUAUAUAAGGUCGAUGCGCGCAAAGUGUUCGAAUUUUAGAGAAUUGGCCAUAUAAAAAAAGAUACAAUAACAUGUACGAAGUUGUAAAUAUUUUCUAGUGAAUUGUACUUAGGCCAAUGAAUGAGUGAGUGAUGAGUGAGUGAGCGAAUGAGUGAGUGAGUGAGUGAGUGAGUGAGUGAGUGAGUGAGUGAAUGAGUA